AUGAUUGUUCCAUCACUCCCUGAUGAUAUAUCAGAUUCAGACUUCGGCGACUUUGUGAGCACCGAAAACGACGAGCUUGAUCUCGAAGCAAUCUCAGAGCCCUGGCAUAAGUACGAUAUAAAGGAAACACCGAAUGUUUUUUACCCCAUUUAUCUCGGAGAAGUCCUGAAUGAGAGAUAUCUGGUCGAGCACAAACUCGGUUUUGGCGGCGGCUCUACUGUCUAG